CGCAGGGGCUGACUGCGCAGGCGCGGACAUGGCGGCCUCCCUGGUCCCCGCGGAGCCGCGAUAGCGGGCCGGUGCGGCCGGGCGCGGCGGGAUGAGCUCGGCGGAGGCUGACCGCGGGGCGUGGCUGCUGGUGCUGAGCUUCGUGUUCGCCUGCAACGUGCUCCGCAUCCUCCUCCCGUCCGUCUCCUCCUUCGUGUCCCGGGUGCUGCAGAGGGACGCGGAGCAGGAGGCGCAGAUGCGCGCCGAGAUCCAGGGCAUGAAGCAGGAGCUGGCCGCCGUCAACAUGAUGGACGAGUUCGCGCGCUACGCCCGGCUGGAGAGGAGGAUCAACAAGAUGACCGACCGGCUCAAGACGCAUGUGAAGGCUCGCACGGCGCAGCUGGCCAAGAUCAAGUGGGUCGUCAGCGUCUCCUUCUACGUCCUGCAGGCCGUCCUCAUGGUCUCGCUCAUCUGGAAGUACUACUCGGUGCCUGUGGCCGUGGUGCCCAGCAAGUGGGUCACCCCGCUCGACCGGCUGGUGGCCUUCCCCACCCGCGUGGCUGGGGGCGUCGGCAUCACCUGCUGGAUCCUGGUCUGCAACAAGGUGGUGGCCGUUGCGCUGCACCCCUUCAGCUGAGGAGCCGCGCGGGACGGGGCUGGGGGCCUGCCGGCCCCCUCAGGAGCCCCCCGGGCCGGGCCCCCCGGCUUCCUGCUUUGCUUUCCGUUGUUUGUUCUCGUUUCAAGAAACAGAAGCACCUGG